AGGAGGAGGAAGGGGAGGUGCUGCGGCUCCGGCAGCGCGGCCAUCCCUGGGCGCCGCAUCGCUGCGUGCGCGGAGCCGCCUGCUGCAGCCGGCAGGAUGAUCGCCGCCCAACUCCUGGCCUACUACUUCACGGAGCUGAAGGAGGAUCAGGUCAAAAAGAUUGACAAAUACCUUUAUGCCAUGCGACUCUCUGAUGAAACGCUGAUAGAUGUUAUGGCUCGCUUCAGGAGAGAGAUGAAGAAUGGCCUCUCCAGAGACUUUAACCCAACGGCUGCAGUGAAGAUGCUUCCUACAUUUGUGAGGUCCAUUCCUGAUGGUUCAGAGAAAGGAGAUUUCAUUGCACUGGAUCUUGGUGGUUCUUAUUUCCGAAUUCUGCGGGUGAAGGUGUCGCAUGAAAAAAAGCAGACAGUACAAAUGGAAAGUGAAAUUUAUAAUACACCUGAAGAUAUCAUGCACGGCAGUGGAACACGGCUUUUUGAUCAUGUUGCUGAAUGCUUGGGUGACUUCAUGGAGAAACAACAAAUCAAAGACAAGAAAUUACCAGUUGGGUUUACAUUUUCUUUCCCCUGUCGACAAUCCAAGCUAGAUGAGGGUAUUCUGAUAACCUGGACAAAGCGCUUCAAAGCAAGUGGAGUGGAGGGAGCAGAUGUUGUGAGGCUGCUUAACAGAGCCAUCAAGAAACGUGGGGACUACGAUGCAGAUAUCAUGGCUGUUGUGAAUGACACUGUUGGGACUAUGAUGACUUGUGGUUUUGAUGACCAGCGUUGCGAAGUUGGCUUAAUCAUUGGCACUGGGACCAAUGCCUGUUACAUGGAGGAAAUGAGGCACAUUGACCUAGUGGAGGGAGAUGAAGGCAGAAUGUGCAUUAACACAGAAUGGGGGGCCUUUGGAGAUGAUGGCUCGCUAGAAGACAUCAGGACUGAGUUUGAUCGAGAGAUUGACCGUGGAUCGCUUAAUCCUGGGAAGCAGCUGUUUGAGAAGAUGGUAAGUGGGCUCUACAUGGGGGAGCUGGUAAGGCUCAUCCUGGUGAAGAUGGCCAAGGAGGGGCUGCUCUUUGAGGGGAGAAUCACCCCUGAGCUUCUCACCAAAGGGAAGUUUGAGACAAAGCACGUUUCUGCUAUAGAAAAAAGCAAAGAAGGUUUGAACAAAGCCAAAGAAAUUUUAACCCGCCUGGGGGUGGAGCCAUCCCAUGAGGACUGCAUUGCCGUCCAGCACGUCUGCACCAUUGUGUCCUUCCGCUCAGCCAACCUGGUAGCCUCUACACUGGGUGCCAUCCUCAACCAGCUGCGAGAUAACAAAGGGGUUGGCCGUCUCCGGACCACUGUGGGGGUUGACGGCUCCCUCUACAAGAUGCAUCCACAGUACGCCCGGCGCUUGCACAAAACCACCCGGCGUUUGGUGCCGGACUCGGAGGUGCGGUUCCUGCUCUCGGAGAGUGGCAGCGGGAAGGGAGCAGCGAUGGUGACAGCGGUGGCAUACCGGCUGUCAGAACAGCACCGUCUCAUCGACGAGACACUGGCUGAGUUCAAGCUCACCCAUGAGCAGCUGCUGCAGGUGAAGAAGAGGAUGAGGGCGGAGAUGGAAGCAGGGUUGAAGAAGAAGACUCAUGAGACUGCCAAAGUGAAAAUGCUGCCCACAUUUGUCCGCAGCACGCCAGAUGGGACAGAGAAUGGAGACUUUCUGGCACUUGACCUUGGAGGGACAAACUUUAGAGUUUUGCUGGUGAAAAUCCGCAGUGGUAAAAGAAGAACAGUUGAGAUGCACAACAAAAUCUAUGCCAUUCCUAUAGAGGUGAUGCAGGGAACAGGAGAAGAGCUGUUUGAUCACAUUGUUACCUGCAUUUCUGACUUCCUGGAUUAUAUGGGGAUAAAAGGUGCACGACUUCCUCUGGGCUUCACGUUUUCCUUCCCUUGCAAGCAGACCAGUCUGGAUGCUGGUAUCCUUCUCAACUGGACAAAAGGUUUCAAAGCUACAGACUGUGAGGGAGAGGAUGUGGUGUAUUUGCUUAGAGAAGGAAUUAAAAGGAGAGAGGAGUUUGACUUGGAUGUGGUGGCUGUGGUGAAUGAUACAGUGGGCACAAUGAUGACUUGUGCUUAUGAAGACCCAAACUGUGAAAUUGGACUCAUUGUGGGAACUGGCAGCAAUGCCUGUUACAUGGAAGAGAUGAGAAACAUAGAGAUGGUGGAUGGUGAGCAAGGACGGAUGUGCGUGAACACAGAGUGGGGAGCAUUUGGGGAUAAUGGAUGCCUGGAUGAUAUCAGGACAAUAUAUGACAAAGCAGUUGAUGACUAUUCACUAAAUGCUGGAAAGCAAAGGUAUGAGAAAAUGAUCAGUGGGAUGUACCUGGGGGAAAUAGUCCGCAAUAUUUUGAUUGACUUCACUAAACGGGGAUUCCUGUUCAGAGGCCAGAUUUCAGAGACACUGAAGACCAGACACAUCUUUGAAACCAAGUUCCUUUCUCAGAUUGAGAGUGACAGGUUAGCCUUGCUGCAGGUGCGAGCCAUCCUCCAGCAGCUGGGGCUCAACAGCACCUGCGAUGACAGUAUCAUUGUGAAGACAGUGUGCGGAGCGGUGUCAAGGCGAGCAGCUCAGUUAUGCGGUGCUGGAAUGGCUGCAAUGGUAGAUAAAAUUAGGGAGAACAGAGGAUUAGAGCACCUGGAGAUAACGGUUGGUGUGGAUGGGACUCUGUACAAACUACAUCCACACUUUUCAAGGAUCAUGCACCAAACAGUCAAAGACCUGGCACCCAACUGCGAUGUGACCUUCCUGCUAUCAGAAGAUGGUAGCGGGAAAGGGGCAGCACUCAUCACAGCAGUGGGAUGCAGGCUUCGCGAUGCCGAGCAAAACUGAACUCUACAAUCGUGGCCCCGAUUCUGUCUUGUGAGCACUUUCUCAUAAAGCAGCGACUGCAUAGUCAGAACUGGUAAAAACCCAGAACUCACUGCUUUAUCGGGGAAAAAGAAAAUACAGCUAAUGACAUAAAAAGUAGGAUACAAGAUAGAAUGUGUGCUGUUAAUAAUAUCUCCUGUUUCUGGACCCCAGUCUGCAUGUUUCUUAUUCACCUUGUUGGUACCUUCCCCAUCUGUAGGUCAUGGAAAAAUCAGUCUAUAAUUUCUGCAGCUGUCAAAAAUCAGUUGUUGUCUAAGACAAAAUUACCCCCAAGUUGAGAGCUACCGUUGCAUUGUACCAAAUGUGUUCUUUGCAGCAUCCCUGAUAAGCGCACUGCCAGCACACUGCCCACCAGACCUGGUUGUUGAUGCUUUCAGUGAAGGGGAAGCAACAGUUCCCUCCUGCAUAUCUACCUGCUGUUGUUUCGUCUAAAGCGAUUGUGAAAACAUUAUGGUGUGUCAGCACUGUGCACGCACGUAACUAUAGUGGGACUUGACAGUGCGACUUACUUGCUUCCUUGAUGCCUGUUUUGUCAUGGUAAAAGUAAAUGCCCUUGUCCCACAGAUCUGAUUCCACUGGUAUUUCCCAUUGCUUCUGUGAAUAGUGUUGUGUUACUGGGUGAAAUCUGUCACAUCUCAGCAAGAAAUCCCUAAAGAGUUAAAACAAAGUGGUUGGUGGUUGGGGUAAUCCAAAUCUCCAGAGCUGGGAAACUGGUAGGUUUAUGGUCUCUAUGAGGGUUGUGCUGUAUUUUUCUGUUUAAGAGUUCUUAUAAAAACUAUUUUCUAUCUCUUCUUGUCAGUCUAGAUCAGGGCACCACAGCUGCCCUUCUUCUGAAUCUGCAGCCUAGUCAGUGUCACUCGGAUGUGUAUACUUCCGUCUCGCCUUAAAUGGGUAUUUGCUUCCACACAAAGCUUUAAUCUUUAAUAGUGUUAAUUAAGCUGCCACUCAAAACACAAACAUGCAGCUAGAGUUAGUGAUCAGAAAGGAAUAUGAGGGUUUGAUUUUGAUCUUGCCUUUGAUGACCUGGGUGAGCAAACUAAACAAACCAGAAAGCCAAAAUCAGACCCAGCUUAUCCCAAGGUUUAAAGCAACAGCAAAGAUCAUAUACACUUGGUGUAUACUGUCCUCUGUCGAGUCAGUGCCAUUAUUAUAUUUGCAUACCAGUCACAUUACUUAAAUUGAGACACAGUUAAAAAACAUUGCAGUUGAAAACAUUUGCAAGUCAUGCCACUUUCUGCAACGAGGGAGACCACACAGUAGUUCUUAAUUCCUGCUCUUCUACCAAAAAUGAAUUUGAGAUGUCUGCAUGGUUUUCCCUGCUGCCUUUCCCUGCAGAAAGUAGAUGGAAAUUUGCAGGCUAUUCCUCUUUGUCCUUGUUCCACUCCCCUAAGAUUUGGAUUGCCCUAUCAGUAUCAUUUCAAUACACAUUAUGGUGCACUGUGAGUGAAUGUUGUAAAGUAACACGUAAGUCACAGUCAUUGCAGCUUUAAGUGUGUGUCUACCUGAAAAAUCGCAUGCCUAAGUGGUUUUGGAAAGGUAGAGAGUCUUUUUACUUUGCACACUAGUAGCUCUGGUACUAGUGUUACGUGAUAUUUGUGAAAAUAUUAAACUUUUUUUGAUGUGCGUUAACUGGUGUUUAGUGGUUCUUUCUGGAAGAGGUGCUGUUGGCUGGUGGCUUAGUGCUUUGGGAAAAGCUAUUGUGUAGGGAGAGCUGCAGACUAAUCCCAGUGGUGCCUGUGUUUUGUGUGUGUGUUUUUAUUCCCGGGUAUUCGGGGUCAGGUUCAAAUAGGGUGGAUUUUACCCAGGUCCCUAUGCCUCGUGUUUCCUAAUGUAGUUCAGCAGAGGCACAGAGCUGACAAUGCCCAAGUCUUAGGGACAUGUAGUUUGUCUGGGUGCAUCUCAUGCAGGAGGAUCUGCAGUGCAGGAAAACUUCAGUGCACUGCACCAAAACCAGUGUUAUUAGGUAGAUACACAGUGAUGGAUAUGUUACAGUCGCUGUGUCCCCAGAGAAGUCUGAUGCAUAUCAGAGUCUGUUACACUCCCUGUGUGCAUAGGCUUAAUGUUUGCAGAAUCACAGUGUUAGGUUCUCAUACACUGCUGUUUUGCGCAUCCUGUGAUGGAGUUGCUUUUGAAGGACCCUUUUGCACACACACUAAAGCUGUGCUUCUCCAAUAACCCAUUUUAUAUUACAGCUUAAAUAGUUGCUGACACCCUUCAUGUGCAGCUAUGACCCCAAAUAGGAGACAGAAGAAGGUGAGAAACUUUUUUGGGUGCAGGAGACAUGUUGCAUUUUAACUGCUUGAAUAUUUGCAAAUCUUAUGCCUGCCAUCAGCAGUGCUACAGGGGUAGUGUGAGCUGUCCCAAAGGACCUGGGUUUGGAGCUCUUCAGCAUCUGAGGGCUUGGGUCAGUGCAGGAUAGAGGAUGAAUGAGAAGUGAAAGUUAAGCUUGGUCUUGGGAUGACUGAAUUUUGAAGAUGCUGGCAUAGGUUGUUUUGUUUAUUGGCUCCAGCCCAUAACAACUAGGGUGUGAGUUUGUGUUUCUAACAGCACAAUUCUUCCUAUUGUGGACCAUAGAUGAUGUAGUUGAUAAGACACGGCAGUUCUUUUUCAAAGGGAGAUCUGGUGGGCUUUCCAUUUCCAGACUACUUCUUACCUCUAGGAAGCUGUUCCAAGUGAAUCACAAGCUAUAAUGUCUGAAGAAAUGUCUCCAGUGUUAUCCAAGCAAUGACUGAGAUGUCUUACUUAAAGCUUUUAGGCUUGGUGAAGAAAAUCCUAGUCCUCUUAAUUGUUAACAUGUAAUUACUGCAAUAUGAACACAGAAUCUUAUAUUUCCUGGGGAAAAGACCAUUUGCAUACCACUGUUGUAAUGUUAUCUGCUCCUUACUCCUCUGGGGAUUCUCUCAGAAGCCUUUUGAAUGGGUUUUAAAACAAGCAGACUUUGUUUAGUUUUGUUUUCUUAAGAAAAUAGCAGAAGGCAAAAUAAAGUGUUUCUGAACUUCUGAA